AUGGUUGCUUCGCAGGUCGUUCUUAGGGGAGACGUCGAUGCGGCCAUGAUGGAUUUCGAAGAGCAGCAGCAAACCGCCCGCAUGGCCGCGUGUCGACCGAUCAGCCCGCACUUGACGUUCUGGGAUGUAUUACGCAAUAUUUCGGCGCCUAUUUCCGCAGAUGAGGCAGAGGGAGAAGAGGAGAGGAGGACAAACUUGGACCACAAUCCAUCACAGCGCAUCUCGCGGUGCACCACUCAUACGCAUCUUUCCAUACACAUUCACAACCUCACUCACCUUCAACCUUGCUCUCUACAGCCCGAAGCCGAAGACCUGGCGUGA